CGGUUAGUCAAACUCCUGCCUGUGAAAGUAAAGGUGUGCGGCUGAAAAGGGAGGAGGAGAGUUGGGAAAGCGAAGAGGGGGGCCACCAAAGAGGAGUGGAGAGAGGCGGAGCACCGUUGGGGACCUCGGGAGAAAGAGAGAGAGGCCAUUGAUUUGGGUUUGAAAUUUGGAUAGAGACUAGUUUUCGAAUUAGCCUACUUAAAAGAGGAUUGAACCUGGACUACCCUACUGUUGGUUCAAUGAACGUAAACCGUAUACGAGAGAGAGAGAAAAAAUCCGUAUAUGUUCAUCACAAAGGGCGAGGAACCGCGGACCAGACCGAAGGGACAAUUGUCCUCAGCCAGCUACGACUUUGUCGCUUCCAGAGAAACCCCCACACACCAAAGAGAUAGCUCACAUUUGGACUCUUCAUUGGAACAAGUAGUAAGAUUGAACCACUGCGACCCUUGGAUGUGAAUUGAAAUUUCCUUUGGGAUUGUAUUCCGUUUGUAUUCGGGUCACCAAAGCAAAGCGUCGCGGCAAAGCGUUUAACUGUCUCUUGCCCCUCAGGGUGAUGAAUGUCCGUAUUCACACGCGCAGCGGGGCUUCCAAAGAAGAACAGAUGCAGAAACCGAGAAUGGGAUGCGUCUCAGUGCCUUUGUAAAGCAUGGCCCUAUAUGUUUUUCAGUUAGAAAAGAGAUACUGUUUGUGAAGAGGAAUCACAUUACGUUGUAGCCUAUUCUUCGCCUAAUUUGGACUAAAGGAAUUAAAGUGAAUCAAGGAAAGCCUUGCUGGAUACGCCUGAACUACUCAUAGGCUACUCGGAUAGUUCUUUUGUGUGGAGGGAUUUGCAAAAUACUCGCCUAUUUGAGGAUAUUCGAAAAGAAAGGUCUGCCCCCACACCCCUCCCCCACCCAACCCGGCCUCCAAGAUAGAUUCCCUCAGGAGCAAGGUUGACCUGCUGCGGCUGCCCCUGGCCCUCUCCUCCAAGUCCAUCAGCCACCGCAAGAGCCAGCUGGGUCCCGCCGCGGGGGGAGGAGUAGGGGCCCGCAAACCCCGCCCACCGCCCGCCUCCGACAUGGACAACGAGUCGCAGUACUCGGGCUACUCCUACAAGUCGUCCCGCAGCUCACGCAAGCACAGGGAGAGGAGGGACAGGCACCGGUCGAAGAGCCGGGACAGCAGCGUCCGGGGGGACAAGUCUGUGACCAUCCAGGCCCCUGGAGAACCGCUCCUGGACGGCGAGUCGACCAGAGGAGAUGACAGGGAUGACAACUGGGGCGAGACCACCACCGUGGUCACGGGCACCUCGGAGCACAGCGUCUCCAACGAGGACCUGACGCGCGUCUCCAAGGAGCUGGACGAGUCGUCGCCGCUGGAGUGCCGCCGCUUCCUCGGCCCGGCCCUGGGCGCCGUGCUGGGCCUCUUCGCCCUGGUCACCCCCCUGGCCUUCCUGGCGCUCCCCCAGCUGCUGUGGCGGGACGCCCUGGACCCGUGCGGCACGCCCUGCGAGGGCCUCUACGUCUCCCUGGCCUUCAAGCUCCUCGUCCUCCUCAUCUCCACCUGGGCGCUGUUCCUGCGCCCGCCGCGCGCCUCGCUCCCCCGCUUCUUCAUCUUCCGCUGCCUGCUGCUGGCCCUCGUCUUCCUCUUCGUGGCGUCCUACUGGCUGUUCUACGGCGUGCGCGUGCUGGAGCCGCAGGAGAGGGACUACCGGGGCAUCGUGGGCUACGCGGCGUCGCUGGUGGACUCGCUGCUCUUCAUCCAGUACCUGGCGCUGGUGCUGCUGGAGGUGCGGCACCUGCAGCCCGCCUUCUGCCUCAAGGUGGUGCGCACCACCGACGGGGCCAGCCGCUUCUACAAUGUGGGCCACCUCAGCAUCCAGAGGGCAGCCGUGUGGAUUCUGGACCAGUACUACAGUGACUUCCCCGUGUACAACCCGGCGCUGCUCAACCUGCCCAAGUCCAUCCUCUCCAAGAAGAUGUCUGGAUUCAAGGUCUACAACCUGGGAGAAGAAAACAGCACCAACAACUCCACCGGUCAGUCCAGGGCCAUGAUGGCCGCUGCCGCGAGGCGCCGCGACAACUCCCACAACGAGUACUACUACGAGGAGGCUGAGAUGGACCGCCGGCUACGCAAGCGCAAGGCCAGGCUGGUGGUGGCGGUGGAGGAGGCCUUCACCCACAUCAAGCGCCUCCAGGAGGACGAGCCGGCCGCCUCGUCGCCCAAGCACCCCCGGGAGGUGAUGGACCCCCGGGAGGCGGCCCAGGCCAUCUUUGCCCCCAUGGCCCGGGCCAUGCAGAAGUACCUGCGCACCACCCGCCAGCAGCCCUACCACAGCAUGGAGAGCAUCAUCAACCACCUGCAGUUCUGCAUCACGCACAACAUGACCCCCAAGGCGUUCCUGGAGCGUUACCUGAGCCCAGGGCCGACCCUGCAGUACCAGAAAGAGAACGGCAGGGGGCGCCAGUGGACGCUGGUGAGCGAGGAGCCCGUGACGUCUUCGCUGCGCCAGGGCCUUGUCUUCUCCCUGCGCCGCCUCGACUUCUCCCUGGUCGUCACGGUGACGCCCCUCCCCUUCCUGCGCCUGGGGGAGGAGUUCAUCGACCCCAAAAGCCACAAGUUUGUCAUGAGGCUCCAGUCGGAAACGUCCGUCUAGCAAAGGGGGAGGGGAAGAAACGCAGCGAAGAAAGAGAGAGAUCGAGUAAGAUAAACAGGAGAGAGAGAGAGAGAGAGAGAAAGAAAGAGAGACAAAGAGAAAGAGAGAGAGAGAGAGAGAGAGAGAGAGAGACUGCAGAGGACAGGUUAAAUACAAGAGAAGUGAAGGCUGCUUGAGGAGGAGAGGAGACCACCAAUGAUGUGCUUCCCUCGUGCUUCCUCCUGCCUUUGUCCGACCAAUCGGACGCUUCCUCGACAUGACUCCACUGUUCCCCCCAAUGUCACAGACUCACCUGACCCGAGCGCAUUGUCGUGACACCGUGUUAGCAGUUGUUGUCUGCAUCGGGGGAAGGUUAUUAACGGACAACACACCUCAAAAACACCAACACUGAUAUAUUUCAUAGUUACCCCUGUUGUCAUUCAGAAACAUCCCGGCCCAGUGUUGAGACUUUUAAGUGAGUGAACUUUUUCUUCAGUCGGUUGUCUGUUAAUUCUGUGUUGAGUUUGAACUUCCAACCUUGUAUGUAACAACAGCAUACCUCAUGGGUAUGGGUGUUACACCGUCAGAGAUGGGCUCUCUGUCUUGUCUGCUCUCCUGCAAAGCUGUAAAUAGAGUCGGACACCAAGGGCUUGGGGACAACUGGAUUUCAUGUUUGGUCUGUGAGUGUGCAUGUGUGCACACUUGUGUUUGUUUGGUAAUAGAAGUGCAUGGUCAGUGGUCAGUCUUUUAACCAACCAACCAUGGAUUUGUGUAAAGAUGUCCGACUGUCCAAACUGAAACACUGACAAGCUGUUAUUUUUUUUAUUUUUUUUAAUUAUCAGUUAUUUUUAAUAUAAGAGGAAGUACACUGGUGAGUAAUAAGAUCCCUUUUCUUUUAAAGGGGAACUUGCUCAGUCUCACAGAUUAGCAUCGGCCAUGUGUGAAACAACAGAUAAAACGGGGUUAUUUUAUUCUCGAGUGUGUGGGUGUAACAUAUGACCACUGCACCGCUCUGACACAUGCCUGCCGAGCAGAGAUAUACUGACCCCACCCACAAACACUGGGGACCAAUAGUGUUACAGAGCCACGACAGAUAUGUGGACAGACAAAUGAUAUGCUGAAGUAUGACUGUGCUUUUUGGCAGCUCCGAGCCACCGUAGCCUCCUUAUGUUGUACAUACUUGUUUUGAUUCCUUUAUCAUGUGUAUAUUUGUCAAUGUUGAACUACGAAUGCAUUUGUGUAGUUGUUCGUAUGUGUGUGUGUGUGUUUUCUAACAAAGUAGCUUUCAUGUAAAGGUGUUUUUUGACUUGUUCCAUUUCAACAUAAUUCCCCUGCUUGCAUGAAGCUCCAUGAACCUUUUGGAAGAUUUGCAUUCUCGCAGUACUCGCAGUGUUUUGAUAAACAUUUUGUAUCAACAUAUACUGUACUAAAGCUAAACCCCUAACCCUUUUAUUAAAAACAGUACUCGGUAACAAAAGUUUGUAGAUUGCUGUGGGAUGUGAAAGGCUUUCAUAUUCGAUCAUUUUAGUACUAAACAAUUUGAAAAACUUUCUAAAUAAAUGAUCUCCUUCA